AUGUUCAAAUCCGGGCUGCGAUUUGUCGCCGACCUUCUCUGGAACUGUGUCGUCGAGACACGCACCAUCUUCCUGCCAAAGGCGGCCGUCGCCAAGUUGCAGCAGCAGGCCCAGGAAGACCUCUCCGGCGAGUUCGUCAGUGAAGGCGACGUUUUAACGGCGUGGGCGACGCGCGCUGUGGCCUCUUCCAUGCCAUCCCGUCCCAUAACCGCCCUACACCCGCUCAACCUGCGAUUCCGUCUCCCAUCCCUCAUCCAAGUUCCCGGCGUCUUCGUGCAGAACAUGGCCGUCUCAGCCUUCUCGCUCUUCACGCCUGAACUCCUUCGAGGACCCCUCGAACCCAUUGCGCUCGAGAAUCGGCGCCAACUGAUGGAGCAGGCGACGGAGCCUCAAUUGCUCGCCUUGUUACGUGAGAUGAGUCAGAGCUACACGCCUGGCGGCGAUACAACCGUUCUCUGCGGCGAGUUCCAUGCCCUCCUAAUGCCGUUUACGAAUUAG